AUGGGCUCCUUGCGCCUUCAUAUCGAUGGGAAGUCUUUUCGUGAUACACAGGGUCGAGAGGUUAUCUUAAGGGGGAUCAACGUGGCUGGUGAUGCCAAAUACCCCAAGACUCCCGAUAUUCCAUCGUUUGAAUCGCAUAAAUUCUUCGAGGCAGACGAUGUAUCGUUUGUCGAGAGACCGUUCUCUCUCAAAGACUCCCAUGUUCAUUUUCAAAGGCUGCGCAAGUGGGGAUACAACACGAUCAGAUAUAUCUUCACUUGGGAGGCCAUAGAGCAUGCUGGUCCGGGUAUCUAUGAUGAGGAGUGGAUCGAUUUCACCAUCCAGGUCCUCAGAAUAGCCAAGCAAUACGAGUUUUAUGUCUUUAUGGACCCUCACCAGGAUGUGUGGUCGAGACUAUCUGGAGGCUCUGGGGCGCCUAUGUGGACCCUCUAUGCGGCAGGGUUUGAUCCCAAGAGCUUCAAGAUUACCCAAGCAGCUCUUGUCCACAAUACGUUUGAAAAUCCGGCUGAGUUUCCAAAGAUGAUAUGGAGCACGAACUAUACUCGACUGGUUUGUCAAACAAUGUUCACGCUCUUUUGGGCGGGGCGAGAUUUUGCGCCCAAGGCCAUAAUCGACGGCGUGAACAUCCAGGAUUAUCUGCAAACUUAUUUCAUCGCAGCCUGUAAACAUCUUGCUCAAAAGAUUCACGAAGCCGGUGAUAUCGAACAUGAUGUGGUCAUCGGUUGGGAAAGCAUGAACGAACCCCACCGUGGUUUGAUUGGCGUGCAAGACAUUUCUGUGAUACCGCCUGAGCAGCAGCUACAGCUUGGAACAUCACCGACGGCUUUUCAGGCAAUUCUCACUGGAUCCGGACGUGCUUGCGAGCAAACGACGUGGGCUUUCGGUGGUUUUGGACCCCACCAAACGGGUAGAGAGCUUGUUGACCCAGAGGGCGUGCAAGCUUGGUUAAGUGUGGAGCAUGAUGAUGGCAAAUAUGGAUGGCAUAGGGAUGAUGGUUGGAAGCUCGGUGAAUGCAUAUGGGCGCAACAUGGAGUGUGGGAUCCGUCGACGGACACGUUGCUACAGAAGGACUACUUCUCAAAAGUACCCACGACAGGAGAGAAGUUGGACUAUGAGAAAUUUACCAACACGUACUUUUUGGACCACUAUCGCGCAUACAGAGAUGCGAUCCGCAACAUCUGGCCGGAAGCUAUCAUGCUAUGUCAGCCACCGGUGAUGGAAGUGCCACCAGUUCUUAAAGGCACAAUUGAUGACGACCCAAACAUGGUCCAUGCCGUUCAUUUCUAUGAUGGUCUGACUCUUAUCACGAAGCAUUGGAACCGACUCUACAAUGUCGACGUUAUCGGUGUUCUUCGAGGAAAGUACUGGGCUCCAGCCUUCGCUGUUAAAAUUGGUGAAACCGCUAUUCGUAAUUGUCUUCGCGAUCAACUCAAAUUUCUUCGAGACGAAAGCCUGAAAUACAUGGGAGACCAUCCAAUGGUUUUCACGGAGAUUGGAAUCCCAUAUGACAUGGAUGACAAACACGCAUACAAAACUGGAGAUUAUAGCAGCCAAACAAGCGCAAUGGACGCCAACCACUUUGCUCUUGAAGGUAGCACUUCCAAUGGAUUCACUCUUUGGGUUUAUGAAACCGAGAACAGUCACCAAUGGGGAGACCAGUGGAAUGGAGAGGAUUUGUCUAUCUAUUCCCACGAUGAUUUGGAGCUUCCAGCAGGGAUCCCUAGCCGCUCUUUGAACUCACAUUCUCCUGCCUACUCUGAAAGCCAUAGCAGCGGUGAGUCUGAAGUUGGACCACGCAAUCUCAAGGGUGCAUUGGCCUCUCCAUCGAUUUCUAGUGAGGAGCCCACGCAACCCAAGGGCUACCGUGCAGCGGAAGCAUUCCUUCGCCCAAGUCCAAUACAUGUGAGUGGGACUCUGGAGAAUCACGUCUUCGAUCUUCAAAAUUGCAGAUUCACCAUGUCUUUGACAGCCAAGAAAGCCACAUCAUCCGAUGCUCCAACGGAGAUCUAUCUCCCCGAUUUCCAUUUCCCGGAGGUCGAGACAGUGGUUUCAGUGAGUGGAGGGAAGUGGGAAUUCGAUUUUUACAAGAUUCAGAGCAUCAAAAUUCAGCGCCUCCGGUGGUGGCACGCUGAAGGGGAACAAAAUAUCCAAAUUGAAGGGCUCAAACGUCAGCCAGGAGAGGUUGCAAACCAAUCCUGUGAAAACAUGACUUAUCUGGACCAGUGCCAGCGAGGCCAGUGCCUUUUGAUGUGA